AAUAAACUUUUAACUGUGCAUUUUGGAAAAUAUUUUUGAAAUCCUCACAAUAGGACUGAUGAUUUCCAAUGUUCAUAUUUCUUUGUUUUAGGGCUCGUAAAAAUCAAAGAGGCAAACGACAUCGAGGAGAAACUAAACGAGGUGGAAAGACUACUGAAGAAUGCUAUAAACAUGCCAUGCAAGUAUUCCCGGUCAGAGGUGAUGCUGACUUUCUUUGAGCGAUCGCCGCUGGACCAGGUGCUGAGGAAUGACAAAGUCCACAGAAUCCAGCCGUGCUUUCAGAGUCCAAUCAAGAUAUCAGAAAUCAUGCGCUCCAAUGGAUUCUGUCUGGCCAAUACGGAAACCAUCGUAUUUGAUCACAAUCUCCCAGAAGAAAAAGAGAGACCCUCAUCCACUGACUCUGUGGAACAUACGUAUGAGGAUGGAACAGAGUUUUUGCCAAUGGAAGCAGAUGUGUGUGAUGAGGAAACAGAAGCAUAUGUCACCAACCUUUCCUACUACCAUCUUGUCCCAUUUGAAACUGACAUCCUGGAAUGAGGAACCGAUGGCUGUUGAUGGACGUAUGUCGCUGUCAUUGAGGAGCAUGUACUCUUAAAUGGAACCUAGCUAUGCAACGCUGCACAUAGCUGUUCCAAGUAAAUGCUGCUUAUUCUAGAGACCCCUAGAGUUGCUUACAUUUCUUUAGCCGAUUUUGGAGUUGGGCAGAUCUACAGGAUGCACCAAAAUGUUGCAGAAGAAGAAUCCAACCGCAGCACCACUUUGUUUUUGCCACUUUAAGCGACGCCACCAGUGUGCCUCAUUCGGAGCCUUACUUGACUUGACUUUCAGGUAUUGUAACACAACCUGUGGCAGCAACGAUGGAGGUCUUUCAGUCAUUAGGCAGAUGCAAACAGCUGGAGAGGUUUUUAAACAUGCUGCUUUACCACUUCAAAAGACUUUAAAUAGCAUCAAAGACAUCAUUGUCUGUAGUUUGGAGUGUGACUGCAACCAGAGGGCUGCACAUCAACUGAACUUUGGAGGCAAAUUUACACUAUUGGACCAUUCACUGUUACUUAAAGUUAUUAUAAUUAACCGGCACUCUUUCAUUUUCUAUCUUAGUUGUUUUGUCUUUAUUCUCUAGAGGAUCUCCAUGAUGCCACUGGCCUGGUUGAUAUAUGUGAGAUAUGUGAGAUAUGUGAUGCAUCUGCAAAGUCUAUUGUCUUCUCAUUUAAACUGCUCCCUGAAGUGUUAUCCACAGUGUUACCACUCUGGUGUUUUAUUCCUGUGGGAACGCAGGAAGCUGUCACAAAGCUUUGUGUAUGAUAUUUGUUUAUGGUGCAAUUUUCACCAGCAUUUAGGAGCAUUCUUGUUUGUAAAAUACCAGCUUGAAACUCAUAGGGAAAUUUCUAGUUGUGUUGCUGUGAUAUGCAGUUAGUUCUUUAGCAUGGGAGUACUCUGAGAGCCAAGUGAAACUAGACUGCAUGCGUUUGAUAAGAGACAUACAAAUGUGUGAGUUUUUGUCACCGCAAGAUAAAAGUAAUAAAAUUGAGAAGAUUUUGUCCAAAGUCUUACUGAUUUAGCAGAAAACAAAAACUUGAUGGUAAAUCGAGCAAGAAUAAUAAAGCUUUUAUGCUAAUAGACUCGAAACAUGUGGUAGCAUAAGCAUUAGAUACAUUUGUUAUGUGUAUACACAGUAUACUGUAUAUGUGUUUCACUUGGUUCUUGGACCAGUGUCGAAUUAAAGAAUAUAAAACAAAUAUGUGGCAUUAUCAUUCUGUCACAACUCUCUUUUUCCAAAGUGAGAACUUAAUGCUGCCAUUUUGAAUGUUGGUGAUAAGUGUCAGCUUACUGCUCCUGUUGCCAUGAGUGAUAAAAUGGGGCAAAGAAAGCUUUGUUUUUAUAGGUCAGUUGAGGUCAUAUCUGACCCGUUCUGUACGAUGACGUGUGUGGGUUCAGUCUGACAGCUGACUGCAGUCUUACUGAAUGUGGGAGUCUGCAGCUCAGGCCUGCAACGGGGGAACAAAUCCUCUCUUUAUCUAAAGAAUACAAAUGACCUUGCUGUACUAAAACUUUCUAUAGGACAAGUUGUGUGAAAUAGGCAAACACUUUUUUUUUUAUGGGUCCUCCCGCUAUAAGGAUGUUGCUUUCACUUCUCUUUGCGCCUUUUAUGAAACUGUGGAACUCAGUAGAGCAUCACAUAUGUUUUGAAUGCAA